GGAUGUGAUUUUUAACUGAUAACAUGGCUCCCCAGAAAACGUAACUUUCGUGUCAAUGCCACUUUUCAAUUGACAAGUUUCAUAAAUUUCGAUCGAAGUAGUUCGUUUUCUACACUUUUACUUUUCAAGUUUUCGUCAGAAUGGAUCCUCAUUUGAGCGCUGUCGUCCUUUACUUCCUGGUUGGUCUUGUUACGGAGCUAAAAGGCGAGCGAGCAAAAAUAUCGGACGGGGACUCGCUUGAUAUGGACUGUGAUUUGAAUAAGUUGAGUACCGAAGAGCUGAGAAGUUAUGGAGACAUCUUAUACUUGCGAUUGGCAAAGGCAGAAGGUGCUACAGAGGUGGUUGGUUUUCUCAGGGAGCAUUUCAAAGGACGCAAGGAGGCCCUUACUUUGGCUGAUGUAAGGUUCGCUUUCGCCGAGUUGUCAAACAAAUUCAUCGACCCAGCACUAAAAACAAGAGAUCGGUUGAAUGCUUUGAACGCCCUCUGGAUGGAACGAGUCAACGCCACCAACACUACGCCAAAAUAAGUCGUGUAGAUGGUAAAAUGUAAAAAUUCUGUGUAUUAAGCUGGGAAAACUGAAGCAUAAUUAGUCAUAAGGACACAGUGGUCUUGAAGCAAAAAAAUUAUUACGAAAAUGUACCCAAUAACGGAUUGCAGGGGGUGAAUCUAUGGUACGUUUAGACUUAAAAUCGAAAAAAA